AUGGCGCUUCCGAAAAUGACUACCGACCCCUAUGCAGUCCUCGGAAUACCUAACGAUGCCGCCACAGCCGCCAUCAGGAGUUCAUACAAGAAGCUAAUCCUGCAAUGCCAUCCCGACAAGGUGAAGGACGAGUCACUACGCGAGGAGAAGGCCAUUCAGUUCCAGAAGGUCCAGGAGGCCUACGAGCUCCUGAUCGACAGUCGCCGCAGGCGGAAAUACGACGAAGAACUGGUGAAGCAGGCCAAAGCAGCAGAAGAAGCAGCAGCUAAACCACCACCACCCCCGCAACCACAGCCACAGCCAAUGCAGACACCCCACAUGGCCCAUGCGCACCCUCACUCAUCACAUCGGAGCACCAGCGGACCCGGACCGUCUCCAGGCAGUGCGGAGCGAUCAUCGGAAAGGACGGAUAGGCCGAGGAGGGAGAGGAGUAGUACUAACCCGUCGCCAGACGACAGGCAGAAGGAGAAGGACCGGGAGAGGCAUGCAAGGAAGCGAGCAGAAGGACGGGGGGAUAGAAAGUCGAGGGAAGAGUCCUCGUGGAGUCAGGAGGAGCGGAAUAUGAGGAAGGAGACGCAGGAAGAGCAUUAUGCGUGGAAAGAGGAGGCGAGGAAGUUUGAGGCAGAGCGGGAGCGGGAGCGGUUAAGAUAUGAGGAGGCACAAAGAUAUAACCCCGACGGUUCCCCGCGAAAAUCAUCAUACGACGCCCGACAAUACGAAAUCCCGAUCCCGAGUACGAAGAUUCCGCCAGCAGCACCGAUACCGCCGGUGGCACCCGACGUCCGACCGGGAUAUCUCGAGGCGAAGAAGGCUGAAGAGGAGAGACUUGCUAAGGUCAAGGCGAAGAUGAGCAUGGCGGAUGAACCAAUCAGGCCGCCUGUUUCAGAGGAGCGAGGAGGUCUUGGAGCAUCAGAAAAAGAGCGGGAAAGGCUGGAGAGACAGGACAGAGAGCGUCGAGAAAGAGGUGGUAGAGAUCGGGAUCGAGAUCGUGGAUCCGAGGUCCCGCAACACCGCGAACGAAGGUCUUCAAAAACCCCACCAAUAUUGCGCAGAGGAUCCUCUGUCACUUCAAGAUGCGACGAACCUUCGACCCCGAUGAUGCGCCCCGCGGUCUACGGAGCAUCGGCCCCGACCCAUAAUACCUCCCCAUACUCGUCUAGCGGAGGAGCAACCAACUACGCGUCAAGACCGCGAAGACACAGCAGCCCAAGUGUCGAGAAACAGACGUCCCGCCAGCACACUCGCGAGGGAUUGGCACCGUGCGACUCUGGGUACUCAAGCCCGUCAACCGAUACGCCAGUUGCCGACAAGAAAGUGCCUACGCCUGAAAUGCGCACUGCUGCAGAGGGCAUCGAUACAUCAAGUGGAGCAUGGAAGAGGUACACUUUCGAGGUUUACAUCCAUGAAGGCAUGGAAGCCGCCGCACAAGCCAAGGGCGGCGUACCGUCAGGGCCCCACAGCUACCGCCAACCUGGCUCAUCUUCACCCUCAAUACACCCCGCCGACCCCGCAUGCGGCCCCGCACCACCUCUCCCCGCCGAGCAUUUCCGAAGAGCAACGGAUUGCUAUGGCAUACCAUUUGCCGUGCCCGUAGCCUCCGUGUACCCUAGCAUGGAGCCCCGCUAUCCUCCACCACCGAGCAGCAGCAUCCACCCCCACUCGCCGCCAAGUAGUCACCACCCCCAUUCGCCUCACUCGCCCCACGCUUCGCCGCCAAGACAUUCAAGUUCAAGGCACCACCACUCGCCCACGCUCUCGCCUAGGCUGGUGUCGGAGCCAGUGUUUGUGUCACCAGGGCUGUCGAGGUCGAAUACGAUGCCGACGCACACAGCUUACGCAUCACACUCAUCGCGGUCGUCCCGGGAACGAGGGGAUCACGGCGGGUAUGGGACGUAUGCGCCGUCACUGAGCCGCAAUUCCACUUUCUCUAGUUAG